GUCAGGCAGUAACACUAUUUACACAGGAGAACGAGGCAUAGAUAAAAGAGAAGUGCCGCACCCGUUGGCAGAACUUACUUUUUCCGCAGUCUCCUUCAUUUCCUACAUUAUCCAUCUCUAUUGAAUCCAUUCCAAGCAUGGCCCCUACCAUUCUUGUCGUCGGCGCCACUGGCAACACCGGACCAGGCGUUGUUCGAACCCUUUCAGGACUCCUGGGUGCCAGCAAGACCUUCUCUAGUCACAAGAUUCUUGCCCUUACGCGUUCUUCUAGCGGGGCUGUGGCCCAGCAGCUCGCUGCUCUGCCCAAUGUUGAAGUGGCAGAGCUGAACUGGGUCGACAUCACCGCAGACUGGCUCCGUCAACACAACGUUGUGAGGGUAUUUAUUGCGCCACAUAACCAGCCCAAUCAGUUCGCCGAAGAGUCGACAUUUCACCUUGCUGCUCUUAAUGCGGGCGUCGAGUAUGUCGUCCGAAUCUCAACCACUGCUGCGAAUGUGCGUCCGGAUUGUGCUGCCUACUACCCAAGGUCGCAUUGGGCGAUUGAACAACUGCUGAGCUCGCCGGAAUUUGAACGUCUCCAGUGGACUUCGCUGCAGGCAAACGUCUUUUCGUCCUUCUACCUUGCGCCCGCGGUAGAGCUGGUCAAGGAAUUCCGCAAAACCGGAAAGCAGGGCCCCCUGAGGCUAAUUGCCUCGGAGAAUGCGCCCGUUGGCAUUAUUGACGCGUCAGAGGUCGGCAUCUUCGCGGCUCACCUCUUGGUAGAGGAUGAUGUCAGCCCGCACAAUAAAGGCAAAUACGUCCUGAACGGGCCCGAGGAUAUCACUGGGCGGCAGAUCUUGGCCAUGGUCGAACAGGAAAUUGGCACCAAGAUUGGAGAUGUCCGCUUCAAGGAUCAGUCAUUCCUCGAAUACAUGGUAGCCCAAUCUCGAGAGACGAAGAGUAUCAUUCUAUCCAUCAGGCAUGCUGCGGAAACGGCGUGGGACGGGAAAUGCUCAGCUUCCACGACGAGUAAGGAGGUCCUUCGUUUGGCUGCGCCGAAAAUUGCUCCCGCGGAAGUCUUUAGGACAAUGUUGGAGGAGUAGGAUGUUUUCUUUUAGGUAGAUUGCUGACGAAAUGGGGGUGAGGUAAAUAACAAUAGCAAUCUUCCAAAUACUCAGCCAGAUCUAGCUGCCGAUAUCUUUUUCAGCUUUCCUGUGU